UCCAACACUGGGAUCAAAUUUCAACAUGAGAUUUGGAGGGUCAAACAUCCAAACUAUAGCAGUCAUUCCAUGUGGAGGUUAAAAGCAUCAUGCAGGAUUAAGGCAGGAUUGGAAGUGGUAGAGACAUGAGCACCAGGUGCCCAAGCCUGAGCUAAAUCACAGGAGAUCUGGGAAGCCAAUGAUGAGAGUGACAGGAAGGGCAGAGAGUAACACAUGGUUUAAACAGCAAAGGGUAGGGGGAGAAGUGGUCUGAAAGAGACAAUAACUAUGCUUGUGGUAAGUGGCCUGGAUGAAACACACCAGGUACUCUGAAAAUAACAAGGCAUCGUGGGGAGCCAGACUGAGCCUUGCUGGGGAAAUGGCAUUUAAUUAGAGAUGUAAAGGAUGAAUGGGAGUUUGUUAGCCUGCCCUUGAAUGACUCAAAGCUGACACUGAAUAAGAGCUAUAGCUACCUUCCAGGAAGAACGAACAGGGUGCAGUUGCAGAGUGCUCAGGUCCACUUCAGAGAGGAGAAGGGUGCUUCACCUCCAGGCCCAAGCCAGGGGCAGGGCGAGGAGGGCGGGGGAGGAGGUGCUCACCCGCUCUGUGCACCUGCGCAGCGGGGCUGCAGCAGUGCCCACUUCAUAGGGCUGUUACACAAUGCAAAGGAGUUAAUACAUUUGCAAAUCCCCCAAAACAUAUAGCAGGCUUUAUGUAAGGGUUGACUACAAUUAUUAUUAUUUUAGAGAAAAUAUUUCCCCUGCAAUUACAUCCAAGGGAAAAUUAUAGCAGGUCUUUCUCUCUGUGCUCAUUUAAUCCUUGCAGCAUCUUAAAAGGUGGGGUAAAAAGAAAAAAAACCAAGGAGCAGUUUUCCCCUUUCUUUCUGAAUCCACAGAGGCUCAAGCCCUGGUCUUACCUGCAUUCUGUGGCUUCCACAAAGGGCCUUUUGUUAAAAACUGGGGCAUUCAGGAGGUGGCUUCCUGCCAAACUGCCUUUUAAUUUAUCAAAGACUCCCAGCUCUCAGGUGUUCAGAAUCAUACUGCUUAAUUUUUUAGGCCAGAAGUGGCUUCAGGAGAAGCCAGGGUUCAAGUGCGUGACUGUGAAGAUAUGGCCAGCCCCACUGAGAAGACCGCUGCCCACCAGCCCCCAGCUGGGUGGCAUGUUCCCCACACACACUCGGUGGCCUCCUUCUGGGUUUCUGGGUCAGACCAUUUUGAAAGCCUUCUCCAAGUGUCUCAGACCGGUUUCCACAUCUGAUCCUAAAAAGAGGUGCUGAGAUCUCGGAGGGACAGAGAGCCAACCCCCCACCCCGGGGAAGGGGCCUCUUCUGGACAUGUCUCCCGCAGCCACUGCUGAGCCGGAUGGGGACCAGCAAGACAGGCUUGUCAGCAAGCUCAUCUUCUUCUUCUUUGUCUUUGGCGCCAUCCUGUUGUGUGUGGGGGUCCUGCUCUCCAUCUUUGGGUUCCAGGCCUGCCAAUACGAAGCCCUGCCACACUGCAGCAUGGUGCUGAAGGUCUCGGGGCCCACGUGCGCCGCGGUUGGGCUCGGGGCCCUGAUCCUGGCUCGUUCCCGGGCACAACUUCAGCUCCGAGAGGGCCGGCGGCGAGGCCACCAUGCAGACCCUGACCGAGCCUUCAUUUGUGGGGAGAGCCGCCAGUUUGCACAGUGCCUCAUCUUGGGGUUUCUGUUCUUGACGAGCGGCAUGCUCAUCAGCGUGCUGGGCAUCUGGGUCCCCGGAUGCGGGGCAGAUUGGGCGCAGGAGCCGCUGAACGACACAGACUCCGCCGACGCGGAGCCCCAGAUCUGUGGCUUCCUUUCUCUGCAGAUCAUGGGGCCCUUGACUGUGCUCGUGGGACUGUGUUUCUUCGUAGUUGCCCACGUCAAGAAGAGAAACAGUCUGAAUGCUGGCCAGGAUGCUCCUGAAAGCGAAGAGGGACAGACCCAGAGCACGGAGCCUGUCCAGGUCACCGUAGGUGAUUCGGUGAUCAUGUUUCCACCCCCUCCGCCACCUUACUUUCCUGAGUCUUCGGCUGCUGCGGUAACUCGAAGUCCUGGGGCUCAUGGUUUGCUUCCGAAUGAAAAUCCACCUUCAUAUUACAGUAUUUUUCACCAUGGCAGGACCCCGACUCCCGAGAGCCAGGGCACGGCCUCGGAGAGAGGUCUGGAAUCUGUAUAUACCAUCUCUGGGACCAGUUCAUCCUCUGCGACCUCACACUCGUCACAUCUUUCAUCUGAAUCACCUCCUAGAUAUGAAGAAAAAGACAACACCGCAGCCACGUCCUUGUCUCCGUCUUUUGAGCCAUCCUCCCCAUAAACUAUGACUCCAGUUCAGUUUUAUAUAUAACGAAUCACUAUUUUAUUUAAUUUUUUUUAAUAAAAAAUAUAAUAGGA